UGCGCUGGUUGCAGCCCUGUCAUCAUGCAGGUGGAAUCUGAAUCAUCGUAGCGACUCCCAGCUCCGAGACUAGCCGGCCGCGCCGCCCCUGACGGACUCCAGACUCUGGGUGAGCGGUGUGGUUCUAGUCUCGCUUUGAUACUCGAGCAUUGCGGAGGAGGCAACCUACAGUGUUGCUGUGUUUUGAUGCUGUCAGAUGUUGGUCUCCUCUGGCGCAGUCCAACGCUGCCGGAGUCGCAUAUGAUGCCAUUCGACAGUCCUGUGGGAAGUAACUCCGACCAUUCCCAGGGCCAUAGAAGGACCUACUUGUAGUCCAGCUUCAUAUUCUGCCCUGCCGUUAGUCAUGACCACGAUGGAAGAAGCCUCGACCAGCGAGACUGUUCCGGAUCUUAAAGACGUUGAGGCGAAAAUUGGCCGGAAGACGCCCGAAGGUUUGCUCAGGUGGAUGCGGGAGGAAGCAACCGCUGCCCGGGGUGAUGUCAGCGUCGCCAAGGCUGAAGACUCCGUGAAAGUGACGGGGAGGAAGAGUUUGGACGAGAAAAUCAGAAAAUUAAAAGUGGAGAUGUUACACUUACGCUCCGUGGACGUGAAGAUCCUGAACCAGCUGCUGGCGGUCCAUGAGGGCAUUGAAGCAGUCAAGUGGCUGCUGGAGGAGCGCAGCACCCUGACCAGCCGCUGCAGCAGCCUGACCAGUAGCCAGUACAGUCUUGGCGACGGGCCUGACACCUCGUGGAGGGGCUCUUGGAGCAGCCUGCACGACCCCCAUGACAAGCUGGACAACAUCUCCAUCGGCAGCUACUUGGACACCUUGGCUGACGAUAUGGAUGAGUACUGCCCCUCCAGCUCCGAGUCUGUCAUCUGCUCUUCCACUCCACAAGUUUCUGAGGCGACUGUUGGGGGCCGCGGAGCUGCUAGGACUAGCAGUGGAAACAUGAAAGCAGGGAUGAACGAGAAUGGAAUUGGAGACACUACAAGGUUGAAAGUUGGACCAGGGACUGCGAUUGUUAAUGAUGUCAAUGGGAACGGGAUGUCUGGGACUGGAAUUGGAAAACCAGUCGCUCCAGCGAAUGCUCCUGACGUCGUGUCGGACAGCAAACAAGACACUGUGGUCUGGAACAAGGCUUUGGAUCCGGUGAAGGGAAGCGUCAUUUCUAAAAACAAUACACAGACCCAGUACAUUAAACCCAACAGUAUCGUGGAGAAAUCCGUCACACAGACUGGCAGCCCCACACGCGUCUGCCUUGAGAAACUCGGCACCAAGCAGAGCCCCAAACUAAAACACUACAAAAAUGGAAAGAUCGACUUGGAUACAUGCAAAAUGAACAGCAAGAUGCAGCUAGAGUACGACGCACAUUGGCGCUGGGUUCAGUCUCAAGAAGACGUCACAUUUUUGUAGGAAGGACAUUGACUCGAGCGCUCGCUUGAGGAUCUGCUGUUAUUGACGUGGUGGAGACGUUAGCUGUGAUCUCUGCACUAUGAAACAUUGAUGUCAGUAUUAAGGUCAGCGCACAUGGCAGGACCGCGGCCGGCCCAACAGGACCGCCUCACACCACCCUAGGGAGAAGUCCUGUGCCAUCAUGUUUUCUCAGGAUCUUUCCCAACAUUCCCUGAUUCUGUUUUUUUUGGUUCAUUUCCCGCUAAAUCAAAUCAAGCACAGCGCUACUGUUUCAGUGAAACUAUAACUGUCAGGAACUAGAAUUUAUGAAAAUGUCCAUCAAAUUGAGGGGCACACUUUGAACUGAAGCUAGCAAUAAUCUGCAUGAGCUAAACAUGAAUCGUAAAUAGCACCAGUGGAGGAGAACUACAGCUCACCAGACUCACCAUGUAGGUGCCUCCCAGGCUUUGCAGCUGACUGAACUGCGUUCCAUUUUAGCUUGUUUGAAAGUAAGAUGUACUCCGUGGAUUCGCUCAUUUUCUUCACUAAUGCAUUGGUGGUGUCCCGUGGGGUUAGCGCACACUUGGGACACCUCUCACAUGCUAAGAUAGGCAGACAACCACUCCCACACCGUCUGCCAAUUGGAGUAUGUAGUUGGACUCUGGGAGGAAGGAGGGAAGUCACACAAGCCUGGGAAGAGCAGUUUGAAGAAGCCGUGUAUUGAGUCACCCAACCCUCUAUUGUCGGCCGGUCAACCACGUCACAAAAGGUUCCACUGGACAUUCCUCAGCUAUAGUUUUCCACCUCCAUUUAGCGAAAAAAGAUCCUUCUCCACAUAGAGAGGAACCAGCUGAGGUGGCUCGGGCAUCUGAUCCGGAUGCCCCCUGGACGCCUCCCUCGGGAGGUUUGCCAGGCAUGUCCUACCGGGAGGAGACUCGCUGGAGAGAUGAUGUCUCCAGUCUGGCCUGGGAACACCUCAGGAUCCCCCGGGGGGAGAGCUGGAGGAGGUUUAUGCGGAUCGGGAAGUUUGGGCUUCGUUGGUCCGAAUGCUGCCUCCGCGACCUGACUCCGGAUAAGCGACAGAAGAAGGUGAAGAUAGUUGCAUGAUAGUGAUGUUAACAAAUGGCAUCAUUACGACAUACCAAAAUUAAGAAUGUAAGUGCAAGGCGUGUUGGAGUCCCUGUGAAGCAAACAUGAUUUGGCUCUUAAACACUGUCAGCCAAACACUUGGUAUGGUGUUUAGAGCACUACUACAAUCAACACUGACAACUGACAGUUGCUGUCCAGGAAACUCAUCUUUUUUGGGGGAAAAUACCCAGGAGGUAAUUGAGAGGCACAUUCUUAGGUGUCUUAGGUCAUCAUCGUCCAGGAGGAAUCCUACUGAUGCCUACAACUAAUGCCACCUCAGCAGACUUCCCUCAGUGUGGGGAGGCAGCUCAGGCUCCUUAUCUAUUAAUAAAAGAGAACACAGGAACCCUGCUGAGAUCUUGUUCUUACAGUCAGUCCCCAAAGCUUGUGAGCACUAGAAAAAGCAGCAGCAUAGAUCGACCGAUAUACGGAGAGCUUUGCUUCUUGGCUCAGCUCUGUUAUCUUUUGACUUCAUCCAGGUUAGGGUUAGGGUUCUGCCCUGAAUUCACUCCUCUUUGCGCCUCUUAAUAUUCUGCUGUUGGAAAAUACUUUUGUGUUUGGCUUUGAAACUGCUGUACUCGGUGAAGAGGUUGGAGGCAAACAGCUCGCCACCAAAAACGGACUUCAAGCACUGAAUAUAUCACAAACACUUUGAAUUGCGGAUGAUAAAUGUAAUUUCCUGUCAAAAAGGAAAUAGGUUGAAAAAUACACAAGCGUCACACACUGUGAAAUUGUAUUUAUCAGCUUGCAUUUGUGUGUGUUAACAAAUAUAGUACUCCACGAUCUGUUGGCAUGUUUUCUCCAAAUUUAUAGUGGAAGUAAAUAUAAAAAGACAUGAAUGCAAUAGCCGAUGUGCCAUCACUGAAGAGUCUUAUGUGCAGUUGUGUCACCGUGAAGCGCAUAAAGCUUAGGCCACUUAGGUUUUCCGUGCUUGGUUUGUUGUGAAAGACGUGCGAGUGGAUCGCUCUUCAUCCAGCUUCAGGAACCUGUCCUGAUAUAUGCAAACUCUUAAUGGUGAAUAUGUGUUGGAUUUCCUUUGUGUUAGCGCCAUGAAAUGUGUAGAGCUGAAUAUAUGCCUGUGCUUCCUUCCUGAGAUGAAUGCACUAUUGUUAUGAUAAUCUCUCCAGUGCUGCUUUUCUUGCUUGUAUAAACAGCGACAGUCCCCACGUUGGCCUUGUGUCUUGAAUGUGUAUCGUGGAGACUUUGUUUUAUUUUGAAGAAAAUUAAACAGCAGUGUGAU